AGUAAUAUUGCCACGAAAUUGACAGCGCCUGUCAGAAAUAUCAUGGCUGUUUUUAGUGGUGUUUUAACACAAUUUUAAAGUGCACAUUAUAAAAUGUUUAUAUAAUAUUUGUUUGCUCAUAAUAUUGCAAGAAUAUUUCAACACAAACCUAAAAUUGAUUCACUAAUAAAAUGUUUAUCGAGUAUGAGAAUGACACCUGCCUCAAUGUGAAGCGCAUAAAUAAAACAUCUAUUGGAAACGUAUAUGAAGGCAUACCUGAAACAUUGCUACUUAAUUUUAUGUCAUGGUGUCUGCUCCUUGUAAUAUUUGCUAUUUUGAGGAACAAAGCUUGGGAUUAUGGGAGAUUAGCUUUGGUGCAAAGCGAGAAAUGGACCCAAUUAUUCUACAAGAACACAGAUGAGGCAAUAGCAAUAGAUGAAACCAAUCCAGAAACCUCAUUGAUUACUGAUGCUGGCUGCUCAUGGUUUCCAACAAUAUUCACCAUCAACAACCAGAGGAUCUUUGCACGUUGUGGACCAGAUGCAUCACACUACUUAUCAUUUCAGAAGCACUUGCUGAUACUAAUGAUGGUUAUUUCAGCAGUAUCCAUAUUUAUUAUACUGCCAGUGAAUUUCCAAGGCACAUUGCAAGGUAAUGAAUAUACAUUUGGGCAUACAACAUUAAGUAAUUUGGAGCCUACUUCAUUAUUGCUUUGGGUGCAUGUCAUUGCAUCUUUUGCCUUUGUUCCAAUAACUGUUUUGAUAAUGAGGAGGUGUUCAAGUAGAAUACCAAGCACCACAAAAUUAUCCUCGCGCACAGUUAUGGUAACUCAUAUUUCACGUAGUCACAGAAAUGAGGAUGAUAUAAAAAGUUACUUUGCUUUGAGAUAUCCAACUAUCCAAAUUAAAGACGUCAAAAUUGCCUAUAAGAUUAAACGUCUGAUGGAUAUUGAGAAACAGCGUGCAAAAUCACACGAUGCCAGAAUGUAUUGCCUUACUAAUCACGAAAUUAAUAUGAAAUUACAACCAAUAGGUUGCAUAUUUUGCUGUCCAUGGAAGACUGUGAAUGCUUUGAAUUUUUAUAGUCAGGAAGAAGAAAGGUUAACUAAUUUAGUUAUACAAGAAAGAGCAAAAGCAGUUGGAUUUCCAUUGGGUAUUGCCUUUGUAACAGUGGAGACUGAGAAUGAAGCGAAGUGCAUCAUUGACACCUUUCAACCAGGAACAUUGAGAAAUUGGAAUAUGUUGAGAGCACCAUCACCAUCCGACAUUAAUUGGGAAAAUUUACAAAUAUCUACUAGAUACUGGUACUCCAAAGCAUUUAUUAUUAAUGCUAUACUAUUCAUAUCGCUUUUCUUCUUAACGACGCCUGCUAUUAUUGUCAAUAUGAUCAAUACGCAUACAACAGUACAAGAGAAUAUUAUGAAGUCGUUUAGUCCAAUUCUAGCUGAAUUUGUACCCACACUUCUGCUGCUAACCAUGUCAGCCGUGUUACCAGUGUUUGUAGCUUACACGGAUCAAUGGAUGUCCCAUUGGACAAAAUCCAAACAGAACCAUGACACCAUGCUUAAAACGUUUACGUUUCUCCUUUUCAUGGUAUUAAUUUUACCAUCGCUUGGAUUAACCAGCGCUCAAGCAUUUUUGGAAUCAUCUUUGCAUACAACAAAUGAAACGCUUCGAUGGGAUUGCAUAUUUCUACCUGACAAAGGAGCGUUCUUCGUGAACUACGUAAUCACGUCAGCGCUUAUUGGAACUGCACUAGAGCUAUUGCGAUUCCCGGAAUUGGCUAUGUACGUAUGGCGAUUGCUCUUGAUGAGAUCUUCUGCGGAAAAAUGUUCGCUAAGGAAAGAAAUCCUGUCAGUGUUUCCUUUCGGAAUCCACUACGCCUGGAGCUUGCUGAUCUUUACCGUUACCACCGUUUACAGUUUGAUUUGUCCUCUUAUAACACCGUUCGGUAUGCUGUAUUUAAUCUUAAAACAUUUUGUUGACAAGCACAACAUUUACUACGUUUACAAACCGAUUACAAUGUGCGGAGAAGGCCAACAGAUACAUGCUUCAGCAGUUACAAUGGUUAGAGUAGCCAUCUUCAUCUUGCAGCUUACGAUGGCCGCCUUCGCUGUCGUUCGAGGAGGAAUAACAACAAUGUCCAUUAUAACAUUACUUGGACUAUUUUCUACCCUAUUUUUCUUUUUCAUGCUGAGUCCGUUCCCGUCGUGUGCUCCAAAACAAAAUAACAGCAUAGCAAACAUCCCGGAAGUCCAUGACCAGUAUAUUGCACCUGUCCUUAUCAGCUCUGAAAAUUUGGUCCAUUCCGAUAAUGGUGCUACUUCGAUACAUUACGGAUCUUCUAGUAUUAAUGAUUUCGGCAAUUUAUCUACAAACGGCGAAUCCAUAGCAUGAGUAGGAAAUCUUCUAGUUAUCAUCUCUGAGGCUGUGAGGAUGUAAAUUAAAAUAUGGGGUAGCUAAUGAAUUUGAACCACGAAGAGGAUUUCUAUUCACAUAAAGCUUUAAAACAAUUCUAAUGAACAAUAACUUAUUUUUAUAUUGUAGACAUGUAUGUAUAAAAAGUAUUGUAUUAUUUUAAAUCGCGGUUUA